UGCGGCAUCUUGCGUGCGUGCGCACCCACGCUGAUUGAUUGAUGGCACGAUUUGAUGGCUUGUUUGCGUGAUGAUGGUAACGACGAUGAUGACGACCGUGACGGAAGAUGCGUACACACAUAUAGAUGAAAAGAAAAUGACAGUUAUCUGACUUGGCUUUUCUUGCAGAACACUGCAAAGGUCGGUAUAUUUCCAUAACCACUGCCGCUCUGCGAGUCCUUUGUGCCCAAGCCCUGGAACCUGGAGGACCCAAAGAGUGUGCCGCUUGGCGGGGAUGCCGAGGCUUCCCUGCAGGAGGCCUCGGGUUUAUUCAGACGGCUCGAGAAGCAUCACGUGGUCAAGAGGAUGCAUGACACACUGGACCUGGAUACUUUGAUUGGGUACACUCCUCCCUCAGCACCCCCGGACCUCCCCCAGGAGACGGGGCCUCACCAGGCUUUGGAGGCGGAGCUCGAUGAAGACGGUCACUUCAGCGGUUUCGGCAUUCUUGGCUCUUCCGUAUCGGCAUCAACAACAACGACGACGACAGACGCGGCGGCGUCUUCUAAUAUUGCCACGACCGCGGUGGCGCCUGGGACGGGCACCGGCACAGGUACCGACUUUGGACUGCUGGCGGUCAAAGAUUUUUCCCGCAACGCCACUGUGGCAGACAUUGACAUGGCCACUAGCAUACCGCCUUGGCAGCCCAAAGAGGAGGAAGAGAAAGAGAAGGAAGGAAAAGAAACCAGGGCCACGUCCACCUCAGAUGUUUCGCCUAAUGGGGGCUUAUCUGAGACCAGCUGGAACUGGAUGACCACGGCCUCUCAGGAGGAUCAUGUGGUGUGCGUGGACUGGACACAGCCAAGUGGACAUGGCUAUGUCAUCCUCAACAUGACACACAAUCUCAACUGCGAAGAGUUCCGCAGUGAUGGCGGCAUGCGCCUGCUGAAAACAAUGGAGCGCCGGUUUGCACGGCGCAUGAAAAGCCCCGAGGGAUCUUGGGUAAUUUACCUCAGCAAGCCCACACACCAACAACGACAGAUGCUGAUGCACGUGGCGUCUGAGCAUGGUGUAAUAUCCACUAAGGAACUGCUGAACCUGCUGGGAGAAAUGCGUUUAAGUUUAAACAAGGUGGGCAUCCAGGACUACAGCGCCCCUUCUACAUGCCCACCCCGCCGCAGUCCAUCCCAGCGUAGCGACUACAGCAAACUCUUUGUGGUCCUGGUGGUCAUUGGCUCCAUCUGCCUGGCCAUCAUCACAUCAGGCUUUAUCUACAUCUGCUGGCAAAGACGGCCCCCUACCGCCAAGACCACCUUCCACGGCGAGGAGCUUCGAUUUGUGGAGAACGGUUGCCAUGACAACCCCACCCUGGACGUGGCGUGCGACAACCAGCCUGACGACCGGCCUCAAGACCACCAAGAGGAAGACGAAGACCAGAAGAAGAAAAACAAGAGUCCGAGUACCAAUGGACUGGUGGGGGGAGGCGAAGGCGUCUGCAGGGACGACAACAACCCUCACUGGCAGGUGUUUGUCAAUCAAGCAGUAGCGGAGGAGGAGGAAGAGGAGGAGGAGGAUGAAGAGGACACACACCUUUGAUGGAAGAGGAUGGGAAAGAGGAUGGAGUGUCUGUGCCUUGAGGGAGGUCGCCAAAGUGGAGUCACCCACCCACGUCAUCGCCAGGGCUUGUUAGCCAUGCUAUCUUUUCACCACAGCGAAAUAAUUUCGACCAAAGUAGCUCAUAGCUGCUCUAAUUUCCACGGGUAGGACAUUCCAGCAUGCUGGAGCCCAAAAAAAGAGAAUGCUCGGGAACCUCCAAACUUACAGUAAGUCACUACAUUUUGGGAUGGAAGAUAUGGCACCACAAUUUCAGGAAGGAACAAAAUCUUUACAUGGCAUCUCAAGUGCGCCGGGAGCCAGUUCUAUGUUGCUAUGCUUGGCUAAACUCCAGAGCAGAAGAUAAAAGCUGUGUUUUGCGCUGCUAGCAGGCCUAUUUUAAUACUUAUCAUCAGAAAAAUAAUCAUGCUUCAUUGUUGUAGCGAGAGCAUCACAAUAAUGAAAAAAUGUAUCCAGCUGUAUGAACUGAAUUGCAUCAUGACUCACUCGUUUGUUCAUCUGUAAAGUGUCAAAUAAAGUUUUGCGACUCUAAACAUUGGAAACCAUUGACUUUCUCUUACAAUGUGAAGUCAUGUGCGCUUAUAUUA